AUGCCUCUCGAACGUUAUCAAUAUCUGAGUAACGUCUGGAAAGAUGGUCUCUUCGAAAACAAGGUUGUCUUCUGUACCGGCGGAGCGGGAUCGAUAUGCUCGGCUCAAGUUCGCGCAAUGGUCCAUCUCGGUGCGAACGCCUGCAUAGUCGGUCGCAACGUAGAGAAAACAGAGAACAUGGCCAAAGACAUUGCAACAGCACGAAAGGGUGCCAAGGUUAUCGGUAUUGGCGCGAUAGACGUGCGAAAACCGGAGUUGCUAGAAGCCGCUGCCGACAGAUGUGCAAAGGAGCUGGGUAGCAUCGAUUUUGUGAUUGCUGGUGCUGCUGGAAACUUCCUUGCGCCUAUGGACCAGAUCUCACCAAACGCUAUGAAGUCUGUCAUCGACAUCGAUGUGCUGGGGUCGUAUAAUACCGUCAAGGCAACAUUGCCCUACCUUGUCGAAUCUGCGGCCAAGCACAAGACGGACGGCCAUACGCCUCCACCCAACGGCACUGGCGGCCGUAUCAUCUUCGUCAGCGCAACCCUGCACUACUCUGGUACACCGCUACAGAGCCAUGUUUCCGUCGCGAAAGCUGGUGUAGACGCUAUGGCAAUGUCUGUGGCAAUUGAACAGGGACCAAAGGGCAUCACCUCGAACAUCAUCGCUCCAGGACCCAUUGCGGACACAGAGGGUGUGGCUCGUCUUUCCAAACAGGAUCAUCGUGAAAGAUCGUCCAAGGGCAUUCCAUCUGGUCGAUACGGCACAGUCAAGGAGAUCGCUGAUGCGACAGUAUACCUCUUCUCGGAUGCUGGCAACUAUGUGAACGGAGAGACCUUGGUCGUCGAUGGCGGUCAGUGGCACACAGCAGGGUUUGCGAACGGGUUCGAAUAUCCAGAUUUCUUGCUCUCGGGCGAUGUUGUAUCGGGCGUUGCUGGUGGGAAGAAGUCGAAGUUGUAG